AUGGCCCCUCGAAUUCAUGUCAAGCAGCAGCAAAUUCGCUUCGAGUCAUGCAAGCUCCAGAUACUCAUCGUUGGUGCGGGUCUUGCUGGCCUUGGAUCAGCUAUUAGCUGCGCUCUUGCUGGACACGCAGUUCACGUUCUCGAAAGCGCCCAGGAGAUCAAAGAGGUCGGAGCUGGGAUUCAGGUCUUGCCAAACAGCUCUCGCGUGCUGCAGCAUUGGGGUCUGGAAAAGGCCUUGACCCCCCAUAUGACUAUCCCUAGCGUAUGCAACUUUCUCGGUUGGAAAGGCAACAAAAUCUCGUUCCUAGACUUUCACCAAUCCGAAAGCAAUUAUCCGGGCACUUGGUAUCGAGAUUUCCAUCGGGCGGACCUUCAACGUUGUCUAGUCGAGAGAGCUUUAGAGCUUGGUGUGCAAGUGACGUGCGGCGCGCGUAUCGAACAGGUUCUUGUGAGCGCCGACGGGGCAACAUCAACCGCAAUUGCAGCAGAUGGACGUGAAUGGGAAGGCGAUCUCCUCAUCGGCGCAGAUGGAAUAUUCGGAAAGUUGACGGAACAGCUUCGCGGUGAAAGCGAUCCUCCUGUGAAAACAGGGGACCUUGCGUAUCGCCUUUUGCUGUCUACCAAUGAGAUGCGUAAAGACCCCGAGUUGGCAUGCUUCGUAAAUGAGCCACAAGUGAAUUACUGGUUGGGGCCAGACGCACAUGCCGUUAACUAUGUCCUCCGCGGAGGUGAACUGUUCAACAUGGUUCUACUCGUGCCAGAUGAUAUUCCCGAGGAGUCUCUCGCAUCCACUGUCGAGGGUAACGUAGAUGAAAUGUGUGCCUUGUUCCAGGGUUGGGACCCACGAAUUCAGAAGUUGCUCAAGCUUUGCCAAUCUGUUCAAAAAUGGAGACUUUCUAUUAGGUUCGGCGAUUUCGACUGGGCGCACCCCUCGGGUUCAUGGAUAAUGCUGGGUGAUGCUGUACAUGCAACGCUACCAUACCUAGCUUCGGGAGCUGGAAUGGCUUUUGAGGAUGGGGCAGUGCUUGGUGAAUGCCUCUCUCGCCUCCCCGACUCCCCGACGAUCACAAAAGCUUCGAGCGAAUUCUUGGACGCGAAGAAGCACGCCUUGGCCGUUUUCCAGCAGUGCCGCAAGGAGAGGACAAAGAUGGUAGUUGAGCGAGGGAACAUCCAGCAAUAUCUUUAUCACCUGCACGACGGACCAGAGCAGCAGGAGAGAGACCGUAAAAUGCAGAUGGUGCCUACGCCUGAAGGUGAAGCUUUAGCCUGGAGAGAUCCAGGCUUGGCGCCCAAACUGUUAGGCUAUGACCACAUUUCAGAUGUCGAUCGCUACUGGGGGAUCAUGCAUGGUGAAGGCACAGUGAUAGAAUCUCGGCUGUAA